AUGGUGCGCACCGGACGCAACUCGUCCGGGCCGGGACGUCUACCGCAAUCGCGGCUUGCCGUCCAACAGCUACGCUCCGAGCUUUUCGAGGCCCAAGGCGGCGCCGGGGCCCGCGCGGACGUGCCGUACGACGACCUCGUGAAGCUUCCCUACCUCGACGCGGUUUGCCGUGAGACCCUGCGCGUCUUCGCCCCCGUGGUUCUCUCCCAGCGCGUCGCGAUUCAAGACACCGUGCUCCCCUUUUCCGCGCCCGUUCGCACGCGCGACGGCCACGCCGAGAUCGCCGAGCUCGCCGUCCCCCGCGGCACCGCCGUGCUGGUGCAGUACCAGGCCUCGAACGCAGACCGGACGCUGUGGGGCCCGGACGCGCGCGAGUGGAAGCCGGAGCGGUGGCUCGCGCCGCUGCCCGCCACGCUCGAGGACGCGCGGGUCCCGGGCGUGUACGCGCACCUGAUGACGUUCGCCGCGGGCUCGCGGUCGUGCAUCGGCUUCAAGUUCUCACAGCUCGAGAUGAAGGUCGUGCUGUCUGUACUGCUCACCGCGUUCUCGUUCGAGCUCACCGACAAGCCAGUCGCGUGGAACUCGUCGGCUGUACUCUACCCCACUAUGGGGGAAGGAAGCACGAGGCCGGAGCUACUGCUGAUGGUAAAGGCGCUCAAAGUGUAG